UUUGUGAAACGGGGCCCAGGUCUCUAACCAGGACGAAAGCAGAGUUGUAAAAGUAGAAGGUCGCACAACUCUCUUGAAACUAAAUCUGAUUAAGCAUAGUUUAUAUCACACGUGACAUACAUUUGAGCUGUGAAGUGAUAUCGAGAGGCAGGUUACUGUCCUGUCGGAUCUGCAGUGCUGUGCUGUUCAGACGGAGUGACCUACCAGGUACGCCUCUACCCGUCAGCCAUGGCGCUCCUACUUGGAAUGGACCUGUCUACUGUGCUCGUAUUUAUUAUUGUGUUUUGCAUAGUGUAUUAUGUAGUUUCAAUGCCGAAAAACCUUCCCCCCGGACCUCCUGUUAUACCGUUCCUCGGCAGCCUGGACUUUCUGGUCAAAGGGAAUCGGAUGGAGCAGUUCAGCCGCUACCACAAACAGUACGGGAAUGUGUUCCGCAUGUACGUCGGGGGGUACCUGGUGGUAGUUCUCAGUGGAUUCGACGUGGUUCGAGACGCCUUCGUCACACAAGCUAGCUGCUUCAGUCAUCGACCCAACUUUAUGUGGUGGGUCAGUCAAAUCAAGGAGGGUAUCUUCAUGAGCAGCGGCCAGACAUGGAAGGAGAUACGGAGGUUCAGUCUUCAGACCAUGAGGGACUUCGGGAUGGGGAAGAGCAGUGUGGAGGACAAGGUGAAGGACGAAGUCAACGCCAUCCUCAGCAUUCUUUCAGAGAAUGAGGGUAAACGGUUUCAUUUCCACGACUUCAUGGACGUCGCUACUGGCAACAUCAUCUGCAGCCUCAUAUUCGGGGAGAGAUACGACUACCACGAUGAGAAGUUCCACAAGCUGAUGCGUCUCCUUAACGACGUGGUCAAGUCGCCUGGAAGUCUCAAUCCGUAUUAUGCCAUACCGUUACUGAGGAUGCUUCCAUCAACGCAAAAGAAAGCCCGCGUGGCUAUCGGCCACAUGAAGCGACUAUGUGAGUUUGUCAAAGGCGUGGUUGACGAGCACGAACAGUCCUACGACCCCAGCAACAUCCGGGACUUUGUGGAUCUGUACAUUCAGAUGCGUGACGGCGACGGACAGGCCAACAAAGCCUACAACUUGGAAAACUUUUUGCGCCUCAUCGUCGACCUGUUCCUGGCUGGCACUGAGACAUCGUCGACAUCGGUCAACUGGGCACUGCUGUACAUGAUGAAGUACCCACACAUACAGAAAAAAUGUCAAGAGGAAAUUGACAACAAUAUUGGCCGUGGAAGGAUGAUCACCUUCUCUGACAGAGCCAAGCUGCCUUAUGUUGAAGCAACCGUUAAUGAAGUAUUGAGACUUUCUCCAGUGGGCACGCAAGUUUGUCUUUUCUCCAGUUCCGUUCGUCAUCCCGCACAGCACAGACGCCGACACCACCCUUUGUGGUUACAACAUCCCCAAAGAAACCAUCGUCCUUGUCAACGUGCUCUCUGUCCACAAGGAUCCGAAGUAUUGGGACGAUGUAGACGAAUUCAAACCGGAGAGGUUCUUGGACGAAAAUGGCAAAAUCAAGAAAAUAGAUGCUUUUAUUCCAUUUUCUAUUGGGCCACGUGUUUGUGCUGGGGAAACCUUGGCAAGAAUGGAAGUGCUGAUGUACUUUGCCAAUAUGCUACAGAACUUCACCUUUAGAAAGCCCGAGGGUGCCACGCUAAACUUCAACGGAUUCAUUGGUGCUACAUAUUUUCCAUUGCCUUAUGAACUGAUUGCUGACAAAAGAUGAAGACAACAUGAAUAGGUGUAAAUAGCCCCAUGCUUUGAACAUCAUUCAAAAAUUCAAUACAUGUUUUAGGGUUAUAUCGAUGUGAGAUAGGUUUGUUUAACUCACCGGAUACGCUCACUUCCAGAACAAUGAUUGACUGACUUAUAAUUGUUAAAUAGCCAUAUGACAAGGGUUACUCCAGAAAUGGGCAUCACAAAUAUUACCCAUAUCGGGAGUCGAACCAGGACAUUUGGCGUGACAGGCGAACGCUUUAACCACUAGCUUACCCUACAAGGACAGUGGUCAUUUUUUAUCUCCUUAAUCAGUAAAUCAAUUGGUUUUACAAGUAUGUCAUUUCACAUAUUAUACUCAUGUAUGUAUACAACUGCAUCGAAGAAUGCAUGUUAUAAUUGAACUACCGCAAUAAAGACAAUUUUUUCAUA